CCUUCAUGCAAUGCGCAACACUUUGGGAAAAUAAGCUUACCUGUGAGGGCGGAAAUUCGUUGUGUUGUGGCGCUGGCAAUCACGUGUUUGGGAUUCUGAAGUUGUUUUGCGAGGAUUCUCCCGAAACUCAUUCCAUGAUCUGAAAAGGGUGUUUUGCAAAGACUCCUGUCUCAGCAGAUGACUGCCCAGGAGGUGCGGCUGUGUGGCUUGCUGCUACAGGAGCACUUUGGAGAGGUGGUGGAGAGGAUAGGCACUCACCUGCUCAUAGCAGGGACACAGAACCUCAGGACCAUCGCCAAUGAGACCAACACACCACUGGACCUGGUGAAGAAGUCUCUGUGUGUGUUGGUACAGCACGGUGCUUGUGAGUUCGGGUCGGGCCGGCGAGGCCCCGGGAGCCCAGUGGAGUACCGGGCCAGCUGUGAGCGGGUUCUAAGGGUUCUGCGGUACCCGCGGUACAUCUACACAGCUAAGACCCUGUAUGGAGACACAGGAGAACUCAUCGUGGAGGAGGUCCUACAACGAGGCCAUAUGACCAUGAGCAACACGGUCAAGACUGUAGCUGACCGACUCACUCAUAACAUGGAGGAGGGUCGUAGUAUGGAGUACAGUGAGGUGGUCUCAGCCUUCUCUAAGUUGGUGGAGACUCACUUCCUGCAGCGCUGUCCUCCGGUGGCCGAGAUGGGAACUGCAGCCACCUCCGCUACCCCGGCGACCCCCGGCACCCCGGCAACCCCCGCCUCCACUGCCCCCCCAACAGCAGAGAGCAACCCUGACUGCUACAAGCUGCCCCAUGUCACACUCACAGGUCGUGGGAAGCGCAGACGCUCCAGUGACGACAGUGAGGAGCAGAGAGGAGGGAAGAAAGUCAAGGUGGACUCAGAGUCGUGUGGUGAUGAGGGGAUCUACUGGCAGGUGAACUUUGAGAGGUUCCAUCAGCACUUCAGAGACCAGGCCAUCGUUAGUGCUGUGGCCAGCAAACUGGACCAGACCAGUAGUGAGAUUGUGAGGACUAUGUUGAGGAUGAGUGAGGUCACCACCACACAGACCGCCGCCUACACUCAGCCCCUCUCAGCCAAUGAGAUCUUCCGCUCCCUCCCGCCCAACUACAGCAUCAGCAGACCAAUCCUGGACCAGUACCUCUCCCUUCUGGUGGAUGACCCGAUGGAGUUUGUGGGGAAAUCAGGUGACAGUGGAGGAGGAAUGUAUGUGGUCAAUCUCCAAAGAGCCCUGGCCAACCUGGCGAGAGCUACACUGGAGUCUGUGGUACAGGAGAGGUUUGGCUCGCGGUCGGCUAGGAUCUUCCGUCUGUUGCUAAGGAAACGUCACCUGGAGCAGAAGCAGGUGGAGGACUUUGCUAUGAUCCCUGCCAAGGAGGCCAAAGACAUGCUGUACACACUGCUGUCAGAGAACCUGGUACAGCUACAGGAAAUCCCUAAGACUCCUGACCACGCCCCUUCACGUACCUUCUACCUGUACACUGUCAACCAGCUGCCUACUGCCCGCCUACUGCUACAGCACUGCUACAAGACAGUGGCUAAUCUGAUUGAGAGGCGCCUCUUCGAGACCAAGGAGAACAAGCGUCUGCUGGAGAAGUCCCAGCGAAUCGAGGCGAUCCUGGCGUCGCUGCAGGCCAGUGGGGCGGAGCCUGAACAGUUGACAGAGGUGGAGGAGAUGAUCACUGCCCCCGAGAGACAGCAGCUAGAGGCGCUGCGACAUCACAUCAACAAGUUGGACUCUACAGAGAACCAGGUGGAUGAGACUGUCUUUCUACUGGAGUCCUACAUCUUCUCUACCAAGACCAAGUGAGAGGGAGGGAGGGAGGGAGGGAGGGGAGAAACACAAUGGACAAAGUUGCAUCAAUAAAAUAUGUUUGGGUUUUGAUAUACCUGACUCACUUGGUGCUUUUUUUGCCUGACGUACAGACGUCAUUAUUUCAGUUAUAUGUUCAACAAUGUCUGCUAGUGUGAAAGGGUUUUUUCUUUUAUAGAAUGAAGUAGUCUGAAAUGCCUGAUUUAUUAUUUGAUUUUUGAUUUCUUUUUAAUGUUAUGUAAUAAAAUAUUUGUAAGUGUAUUUAGUUAAUGUGUAUGAAUGAUCCUAUGUAUGUAUAAAUGAACAUGAAAGAAACUAAAAUAAAGUUUACAAAAACUUUAA